AUGGUCGCGUGUAGUCGGAGUAGGGAAAACGCUGAAUGGUCCGGUGGUACUGGUGUAGUGUUUAGUAUAAUACGUUUUAUAAUGUCGUCGGAAUCAGAAAUCGAGAGCGAUCAUUUUCAAGAUUCGGGUAGUGAAUAUGCUCCGAGUGAUUUGGAUCAACCUAGUACAAGUCGUAGAUUGAAAAGAACGGAAAUUAAAACAAAAAAGCGAGAUCGCAGACGUUUGGAUCGGACAACAUUAACAGAGAAGAGAGGUAGAAAACGAGUAAGAAACGAAAGUGCGAGGCAAAUAAAUGUAAGGAAAUCGUUAAAAGCGUGCGGAGAGGAGUAUCUGAAUUCAGUUAAAAAGGUUGUACCUAAAAGAACAGUGGGAAUACGAUGCACUUGCCGACUUAAAUGUUUUGACAAAAUUGACGAAACGAAAAGAUUGUCUAUUCUCUCCUCUUUUAACGAUUUAGGAAAUUAA